UACCCUUUAUUCUUAUGUCUCUUAACCCUUCUCUAUGACGAUAACCUUAUCUAUGAAUGACUACGUAACCUGACGUAACCUCAGACUUAUGUGUAAUCUAUGGAAUGUCUGCUGCCUUCACAUGAGAAGUUCACGUGCAAAAUCUUUACCUUUGAAAAUAAGGCAAAAUUUAUAAUUUGUUCAGGUAAUAAUAUGUCGCCUGAAAACUCUGGUGAAAAAUUAAAAAUAUUAGCAUUGCAUGGAUAUAGGCAAAACGGAGAGACGUUUCGGCAAAAAACCGGUUCAUUUCGAAAAACUGUCCAAAAGUGGGCACAAUUUACUUAUAUUACUGCACCUCAUAAAGUAGUAAAUGAAAAUAAUGAAAAGGAAAUAGUCUCAGACGUAGGAGAUGGUACAAAUGAGGAGCAAUACAGUUGGUGGUUCAACAAGGAAAAUAACAGUUUUCGAGGCACUGUCAAGGGAGGUCCUGCUGUUGGUUUUGAAGAAAGUUUAAUUUUAGUUGAAAAAGCAUUUAAAGAAUUUGGCCCCUUUGAUGGCAUUCUAGGAUUUUCUCAAGGAGCAUGUUUUGUGGGAAUUUUAUGUUCGAUGCAGCAGCUGGGACUGUUGAGCUAUCACUUUAGUUUUGCCAUUAUGGCAGCUGGAUUUCCAUCCUAUUCCUUGCCACAUGUAAACUACUAUUCAGAUAAAAUAAAAUUGCCUUCACUACAUAUUUUUGGUGAACAAGAUGAUAUUAUUCCAAGAGUGAUGUCAGAAGAAUUGAGAGACAUUUUUGAGAAUCCAGUCACUGUUAUUCAUCCUGGCAAGCAUUAUCUUCCAGCUUCAGCUCCCCAAAAACAACCUUAUCAGAGUUUCAUCAAGAAAAUUGUCUUACAAAAACAAUCUACCUCUGCCUGACGAUUCGUUGAUUUAUUGAACCAAAAUUUGUAAGUUAUUUAUAAUAAUAUUUAAGCUAUCACCCAUAUUAUCUUAUCAGUUUAUUAGGUCAGGGUGUGAAUUAUUUAUACAGCGUGUCUCAGUUACAUAAAUGAUUGAAGAAUAUACUAAAAGCUCUAUCCCAUUUUGAUUACAUUAUUUAUGAAUAUAUUUUUUAUUUUUUUAAUACAUCUUAACUGAAGUGUUUUGGAAAUUGUUUUUAUAACAUAAACAAACUGAAACAAAAUGUGGUAUUAGUGCCAGGCAUUUAUGUGACACAAUGGUUUUUAUGGGUUUUGCUGUCCAUUAUCAA